AUGCAAUUUUUGGAUUUACCACCAGAAGUAUUAAUCAGUGUGUUCAAGUAUUCAGGUACUGACUUAUCGUUAGUCUAUCAAGAGGUUCCAAUAUUGAAACCACUCAUCUUAUAUGCCACGUAUUCGCAGCCAAAAGUAACAACAUCACAAUUUAAACCUGAAGAUAUAGAGUAUUUGCUGAAUAGUGGGAUCUGUAUCCAUCCUUUGGAGUUGGUGAUUGAUGAUGUGAAUGAGAAUUUAAUACAGAAUAUGUUACCACAGAUCUUAUCUACUGGCUGCAAAAUAUCACUCGAGGUCAAAGACUCAUCAUUUAUACCAUUAAUUCAGAUAUUUCAACAUAAUCAACGUGUCAUUGAUGUAUUUUUGAGUUGUCAAGAAGAUAUUUCAUCCUUGAAUAUAAGAUAUUUGAAAUGCUUGACACCCAACUUAAAUCUUAGAUUCCCUCGAUAUUUGCAACAUCUCGAUUUAUCGUUCACUGCUUUAACUGAUUUGAAAUUAUCCACUAUAGUGUUUCCAAAACACCUCAAAACCCUUGACUUGUCAAAUAACUUGCUCUGUAUCAUUAAUGAUCUUGUGUUGCAAGUAAAGGACUUGAGUCAUCUACAAUCCAUCAAUUUGUGUAAUAAUGAUAUCACGUAUUUCAAUGUCAACCUUUCCAAAUGUUCCAAUCUCAAGACCUUGAAUUUGUGCUGCAAUCUUUUGGUGGACACUAUGUUGAAUUGUUUCCAUUUCGGUCACCUAGAAUUCUUGGGAUUAUCCAGAAAUGUGAUACGUUGCUUACCAAGUUAUUUAACCACCAUCAGUGAUUUAGAACCCGAGUUACUAGUGAGCUAG